AUGUACGAUAUAUCUAGUGAACAACUUAAUAUACAAAAUAAGUUUUUAAAAAAUUUAGAUUUAUAUUGUAUAUUAAAAUUUAUUAUAACAAACAAUAUAGAAAUACACAAUGAAGAGAGUUACAAUAUUUUAAUAAAUAUAAUCAAAUCAAAUAAAAUAAUAACUCUAGAGGAAUCUAAAAGGAUCUUUUCAAAUAACAGGAAAUUAUUCAAGAAGCAUAUCUAUAACAAAAAUAAAAGUAGGUUAUAUCAAAUAAAAACCAAUAAUCUUAUUGAUAAUAAUCAUAUUGAUAAUAAUCAUAUUGAUAAUAAUAAUAUUGAUAAUAAUCAUAAUGAUAAAAAUAAUUAUAAUAUUGAUAAUAAUAAUAAUAUUCUUAAUAGUUGUAGUUCUAGUGAGAUACACACAAAGUGUACGAAUUUUUCUAAGGGUGAUAAAAAAAUUGAUGUUAAUAAAAAUUUAAAUCACAAUGAUAUAUAUACGAAUGAUUCCCUUUUUUCUAAAGAUCUAAACAAUAAAAUAUUAUUUGAGUUUUUUCAAUUUCCAAAAAAUAUUUAUGUGUCAGAAUAUAUUAAUCAUUUAUGUAAAGAAAAGUUAAUACACGAACCUUUAAAUAUAAAUUUGAGCCUCAUAAAAUUUGAUAAAAAGAAAAAGAAAAACAAAAAAAGAAAAACAUUUAAAAGGAAUAAUAUAGGAGAGUUGCAAAAAGGCAUAAAUAAAUAUAACAGUGAUUCAGGUAUAGGUUCCAAGACAAACAUAAAUGGAAAUAUAAAUGGAAAUAUAAAUGGAAAGAUAAAUGAAAAUAUAAAUGGAAAGAUAAAUGGAAAUAUAAAUGGAAAUAUAAAUAUAAAUAAAAAUAAAAAUACAAACCUUAAGAGGAAUAUAAGCACAAGCCAAAAUGCAAGUACAAACACUAAUACUAAUACAAACACUAAUACUAAUACAAACACUAAUAUUAAUACAAACACUAAUAUUAAUACAAACACUAAUACUAAUGGAAACACUAAUAUUAAUACAAACACUAAUGGAAACACCAAUAUAAUCGCAGAAACGUUCGAUAGAGAAGAACACAAAAAGUUUUAUAAAAUUUCCUCAAAAUGUUUUUCAAGAGUAUUAAAUGAAGAGGAUGAUCCAUUUCCAUAUAUUUAUUACAUUAAAGGUGUUUCAAAUGAUAAUAAAAAUGUUCAUAUAAAUUAUAAUAUAAAUAAUAAAAUGAAUAACAAUAUAUUUAAAAAUAAAAGUAGUAGUUUAGAUAAGAAUGUUAAGACCAGUUUAUUCAAUUCUAUAGAAAAAAAUAAAAAUGAUAUAUAUGCUCAAAAUAAUAGUAAUUCAGAUGAAGAUUCGAUAUAUAGCUAUUUUAGUGACAACACAAAUAUAGAUGAUAAUAAUAAAAUUGAUGAUGAUAUUGAUGAUAGGGUUGAUAAUAUAACUAAGGAUUAUAAUAAUAACAAUAAUAAUAAUAAUAAUAAUAAUAAUAAUAAGAAUUAUUACAAUAAUUAUAAUAAUUAUAAUAAUAAUUAUUAUUAUAAUAGUAGUAAUAGUAGUAAUAACAAAAUGAAUGAUUUUAAAAAUACUAAUAAUUAUAAUACAAGUAAUAAUAUUAAUAAUAGAAAUAAUAUCAUUUAUAACAAUAAUGAUAAUACAAUAUUUAAACAUAAAAAUUCAUUAUCUUGUUUAAAAUUAUCAAUGUAUAAUUAUAAAGUAUUUAAAAAUGAUAUAACACUUAAUAGUACUCAUAAUAUUUUUAGUUAUGCUCUAACCUUUAAACAUUUUUAUGAUAUACAUAAUGUCUUAAAUAGAGAUCCUAAUGGAUUAAGAAAAAUAAAAAUCAUAUUAAAAAAAGAUAUUGGAACUAUUAGUAUAUCCCCUUUUUAUAUUAAUUUUGAUUCUAUACGUAUUUUUGAUAAUGUUUGUAAAACAUUUAAUAUUAUGGAUUAUAAUUAUAAAAAACAAGAUAUCUAUAAUUUUAUGAAUCUCUGUUCAACAAACAGGGAAUCAUUAUAUAUGCUCAAAAAUAUUUUCUUAAAAGAUUUAUAUAAACAACAAAAGAUUUAUCAAAAUGAUAAUAAUAACAAGAAAAAAACUUAUAGAAAAAGAAAUGCUUUAAGAAAAAAAAAAAAAAAAAAAGAAAAUAUUCUAGAAAUUUUGGAUGAAGAAAAAAGAAUUAAUGUUCUAUAUUUUAUUAAUCGUUUUUUAUAUUCAAAUAAAACACCAUUAUCAUAUUUAUUUAGAAAUUAUACAACCGAAAUGGUUAAUGAAAAAAUAAAUAUAAAGCAAAAUAAUGAAGAAUCUCAUAAAAUUUUAUAUUCAAAUGAAGUUGAUAAAGUCAAUAAAGUGGACAAGGUAGAUGAAUUCGUUUUAUAUUCAGACGAAUUAAGUAUUGAUUAUUUUCUUUUCCUUAUGAUUUUUGAAAAGAAAAUUGAAUUAAGCUUUUCAAAUUAUUUAAUAAAAAAGAUAAACGCAUGUAAAAAGUUUAAAUGUGAUGAUAAUACAGAUAACUUCAAGCAGGUAUCAGAAGAUGUAUUUGUUGAUGUAUAUGAUAAUAUAUCUGAAAAGAUAACUUGUGAUUUAUCUGAAAAGAUAACUGGUGAUAUAUCUGAAAAGAUAACGUGUGAUAUAUCUGAAAAGAUAACGUGUGAUAUAUCUGAAAAGAUAACGUGUGAUAUAUCUGAAAAGAUAACGUGUGAUAUAUCUGAAAAUAUACCUUGUGAUGUGUCUGCUAGAGGAUCAGCCUAUUUUGAGGAAGAAUCUACUAAGGAUGAUAUAAUGUUGAACGAGAAACAAAUAGAAGACAGAAGUGAUAGUAAUAAUAGAGACAAUGAACAGAUAGAUGAAAAUAAAAGUGAUACUAUAAAGAAUGAAGAAUAUAUUGUUUCUAAUGUAUAUAUGGAUAAAAAUUCUAUAGAUAUAAAUAAUAAAAAAAAUACAAAUAUUUGUAUCAAUACAAGUAACAUACAAAAUAAUAAUAAUAUAACUUACAAUAAUGAUGAUGAUUCAAAUAAUUUGGAAAAUAAAAUAUCAAGAAAAGAAGAAAACAAAUGCAUAGAUAUAUAUGACAACAAAAACAAAUUGGAUAAUAAACAAAAUUCUUGUGAUGUAAGUCCAUCAAAAAAAAAAAUAUCGAACAUAAAACAUAAUUACAUAACAGAAAAAAAAAAAAAUUGUAAUAAUAAGGAAAAUAACACUAUAAUCAGUAAACAAACAUAUCUAAUACAAAAUGUAAAUAUUGAUAAUGAAAAAAAUAACGGCACAAAUAAUAAUAAUAGUAAUAAUAAUAAUAGAGAUAUUAAACAUAAUAAAGAGAUUAAACAUAAUAUAGAUAUUAAACGUAAUAAUAUUGAAGUAGAAAGCUCCGAUUCUUUAUGCACUUCAAGUUCAGAAGAUGAUUACAAUCAAAGAAGUGAUAAAAUAAAAAAAAUAAAAAAAAAAUCAGAUAUAGAAAAUGAAAUUAUUUUAUUAAAAAAUAUUAGACCUUUUCCAACUAUUUAUUGGUUAAUAAAUAAAAAUAUAUGUGGAUAUAUAUCUCAUUUGGAAAAAAUAAAUAUUAUAAAAAAUAUUGAAGAUUUUAUAAAUCAUCCAGGAGAAGAAUUUAAAUUAUUAAGAUAUUAUUUAAUAUAUGAUCAUUUAAAAUAUAUAGUUAUACGUUUAAGACAUAUACAUAAAAAAAUACUUAUCUUUUUUUAUAACUAUUUUUUAAACAGUGAAUAUUUUAUAUCGCAACAUAAACAUAAUAAUCAUAUAUCAAAUAGUGAUCAAUAUAAAAAUAAUCCAUUCACACAAAUAUUUGAAAUCACUCCUAUCAUACAAUUAUAUUUUAAAAAAUAUCCUACAGAUUCUAAUACUAUAUGUGAAAUAUUAAGAAAAAUUAAUACACUUAGAAUUAAAGGUAUAGGAGGUAUCUCAAACUUUCUAACCUUGAAAUGUAUACACUUAUAUUUUGCAUCUCAUUUAUCUUACCCCAAUACAGUUGGUUAUAUAAUUGAGGAAUAUUUUAAGUCAUAA